AAAUAAUGUUAAAAUUCGAUAAAAUAAUGUUAAAAUUUAAUAUUCUCACUCAAUGAAUAUAAGUUUAUGUAAAUAGUACUUUCUUACAAAUCUGGAAUCCCAUUCCGAGUCCCCCAUUAAUGUCAAUCGGAGGAGACAACAGGCAAAAGGUGGGCGCGUGACGAGGCAGACGCGCUGCAGCUGGCAACAGCCAAUUUCCCUCUCAUUCUUUCUUCUCCUUUAUAUCUUCACUUCACCACUCUCUCUUCCCUCACACUCUCAACAAUGUCCUCGCCGGCGAUUAACCUCUUCUUCGCUCUCUUCUCCUUUCUCAUCUUCUCCGUCUCCUCUUCACUUCCUCAGUCUCAGACCAAGAACCCCGCUACUGUUCAAACCUUAAAUGUUCCCGCGGCGGAGAUAAAAAUGGUGAACCCGAAGCUCCCGCCGCGGAGCCUCUCCCUCACGUCGUCGAAGAGAUACGAAGGAUCUUCCGAUCUGGUCCAUCUCCGGUACCAUAUGGGUCCGGUUCUGUCCUCUGCACCGAUCAACAUCUACGUUAUCUGGUACGGACGGUGGUCUCGGCCGCAUAAAGCUCUCAUCAGAGACUUUCUCAACUCGAUCUCCGACGCUAAAGCUCCGUCUCCCUCCGUCGCGGAAUGGUGGCGCACGGCGUCGCUAUACACCGACCAAACCGGAGCAAACGUCUCUCGCUCGGUCCUCAUCGCCGGAGAAUACUCGGACGCGAAGUACUCACACGGACAGCACCUCACGCGCCUCUCGAUCCAAGAAGUCAUCGCGAGCGCGGCGAGAUCCGCUUCCUUCCCGGUGGACCACAAGAACGGGAUGUAUCUCGUGCUGACGUCACACGACGUCACGAUGCAGGACUUUUGCCGCGCCGUGUGCGGGUUCCACUACUUCACGUUCCCGUCGAUGGUUGGCUACACGAUGCCCUACGCUUGGGUUGGUCAGUCGGGGAAACAGUGCCCGGAGGUCUGCGCUUAUCCCUUCGCCUUGCCGGGCUACAUGGGUCACGGUGGUCCGGGAGAGCUCCGGCCGCCGAACGGAGAAACUGGAGUCGAUGGGAUGGUGAGUGUCAUCGGGCAUGAGCUGGCGGAAGUUGUGUCGAAUCCGCUGAUAAACGCUUGGUACGCCGGAGAGGAUCCGACGGCGCCGACGGAGAUUGGUGAUUUGUGUGAAGGGUUGUACGGAACCGGCGGAGGAGGAGGGUAUAUUGGUCAAGUGAUGCAGGAUAGAGGAGGCAAGACGUUUAAUAUGAACGGUAAAGGAGGAAGGAAGUUUCUGGUUCAGUGGAUCUGGAACCCCAAUCUCAAAGCUUGUUCUGGUCCCAACUCUGUGGACUAAGACAGAAGCGGAUGAGUGUUUGUUUGUUUGAUGAUGGUGAUUUGUAUUAAUCACCAUGAUAAUGAUGAAAUAACCCCUUGUAUUAGAGUUAGGUUAGUAGUGGAACAUUAAUUAUUUUCUGUUGAGUUUUGUUUUUGUUUGUUUGAUAUAUAAAUUUCAAAGAAUGCUUAUACUGCUUUUUGCCAUGUUUGAAUGCAUCUUAAUUUCAAAUGCU